AUGGGGAUGGCACAGAGGAGCCUCACACUGGGCUGGGUGGUGACGGCCAUCUUGCUGCUCCAGAUGGCCGUGGCAGAGCGCCCCAGGUGGAGCUUCAACGGCAAGCCCCGGGUAUUCUCUGACCUGAAUAUUUUUGAGAUGAAAAGUGUGGAAAACUUCCUGAUGCACAGGAAGAAGCUGCAGCUGCAGCCAUCCACGACUCUAAAUUUGACCAAGAAUUCAGUGUACCUCAUAGAGAUGCUGCUGCCCGACAAAAGCGACGUGCUGGAUUUUCUGGACAAAGAAGAAAGGAGUCCUGUGCGGGAAGCCCGUGUUGUCAUCUUCUUCGGUGCCCAGGAGCCCCCUCGUGUGGCUGAGUUUGCCGUUGGGCCCCUUCCCGGUCCAAUCUACAUGCGAGAAAUCUCUCCCGGCCCUGGGGACAAUCCACCCUGGACAUCUAGACCCAUCUCCAAAGCAGAGUACAGACUCAUCCACAGCACCCUGACGAAGGCCACUGAGCCUCUGCAUCAAUUCUUACUUGACACCACCGACUACUCACUAAAGGAGUGUUAUGAGAACUGUCUGACCUUCACGUAUAUGGCCCCCCACGGCACAAAGUCUGACCAGCGCCGAAGCUGGUUCAUCCUGCAACGCUAUAUGGUAGGCGACUUCCUGCUGCCCACAGGCCUGGAAAUCCUUCUGGAUCAUGAGAGCACAAAUGCCCAGGACUGGCGAGUAGUGAAGCUCUGGUACAACGGCAAGUUCUAUAACAGCUCAGAGGAACUGGCUCAGAAAUAUGCCGCCGGAGAAGUGGACAUAGUGGUCCUCAUGGAGUCGGUACCCAAGGACAAAGAGCAGCCCGUAGUCUCCCCUUCCUCCAACACCUCAAAGGAACUCCCCACUGCUGUCGGCAGGACUAGGUCCAGAGUGCCUAGGCUCCGCUUUUUUGGCUAUACUAUAGAGGACAACACAGUGUACUAUAGAAACUGGAUCUUCUCCUACCGGCUACGGCCCUCCUCUGGCCUGCAGAUACUGAAUGUGCACUUCCGGAAUGUACGCGUCGCUUAUGAAGUCAGUGUACAAGACGCUAUGGCACAGUUUGGAGGACAUAUACGUGCAGGCACUCAGGCCAAAUACAUGGAUGUGGGCUGGAGCUCACGCAGUCCCAUUCGCCAGUUAGUCCGUGGGGUUGAUUGUCCAAACAGAGCCACCUUCCUGAAAGCCAUCCACCACUAUGAUACCGACGACCCAGUCUCUUAUCCACAAGCUCUCUGUCUCUUUGAGAUGCCAGAAGGGAUGCCAAUUAAGCGUUUCUUUACCUCCAGCUUCAAAGCCAACUUCAGCUCCAGUGCAGGGACAAAGGGACACAUGCUGGUGCUACGGACAAUCUCAACAGUCCACCACUAUGACUAUAUUUGGGACUUCAUUUUCCACCCUAAUGGGACAAUCGAAGCAAAGAUGCACACCACUGACUUGGUCCGUGCCACCUUCUACCUGCCUGAGGAGAUGAAGUACAUCUCUCAAUUGCAUACUCACCUGUUCAGCAACAUUCACACACACCUAGUACAUUACCGUAUUGACCUGGAUAUAGCAGGCAGCAAUAACAGCUUCCGGACACUGAACAUCGUUCCCGCAAACGUCACCAACUCUGACCAUGAAGUCCAAAACAACGUAAAGCAAACAAAUUACUUGCAGGAGAGCCAGGCAGCCUUCCACUUUGGAAAGCCACUUCCCAACCACCUGAUCUUUAGCAACCUCCACAAGACCCCUUUGGACCACAGGAGCAGCUACCGCCUGCAGAUCAUCUCCAAAAUCCAUCAGGUGCGACUGCCAGGCAAGCAGAAGAGGCGAGGUAUCUCUUGGAUCAGGUACCCCUUGGCUGUGACCAAAUACCAUGAUUCUGAGAGGGGCAGCAGCAGCAUCUACAGCCAAAAUAAUCCCUGGAAUCCCCCUGUGGUCUUCGAGGAUUUCAUUCAGGACAAUGAGAGCAUUGAAAAUGAGGAUCUGGUGGCCUGGGUCACAGUGGGCUAUAGUCAUGUUCCCCAUUCUGAGACAGUCCACAACUCGGCCACACCAGAGGACUCUGUGGCAGUCCUUCUCUGGCCUUUGAACUUUUUCUAG